AUGGAGAAGGGGACGCUGGCGCCAGAUUCAUUUGUGAACAGCCAGGAAUGGACCCUGAGUCGCUCGGUGCCUGAGCUGAAGGUGGGCAUCGUGGGGAACCUGUCCAGCGGCAAGUCAGCCCUCGUGCACCGCUACCUGACCGGCACCUACGUGCAGGAGGAGUCUCCCGAGGGUGGCCGAUUUAAGAAGGAGAUCGUAGUGGAUGGUCAGAGUUACUUGCUGCUGAUUCGAGAUGAAGGGGGCCCCCCCGAACUCCAGUUUGCUGCCUGGGUCGAUGCUGUGGUGUUUGUCUUCAGCCUGGAGGAUGAGAUCAGCUUCCAGACAGUCUACAACUACUACCUGCGGCUCUGCAGCUACCGGAACACAGCGGAGGUGCCGAUGGUGCUGGUGGGCACACAGGAUGCCAUCAGCGCCACAAACCCCCGGGUCAUUGAUGAUUCUCGGGCGCGGAAGCUUUCCAAUGAUUUGAAGCGCUGCACGUACUACGAGACCUGUGCCACCUACGGACUGAACGUGGAGAGAGUCUUCCAGGAUGUGGCUCAGAAGGUGGUGGCUCUAAGGAAGAAACAGCAGCUUUCCAUCGGUCCCUGCAAGUCCCUGCCCAAUUCACCCAGCCAUUCAUCUGUCUCUGCGGCCUCCAUUCCUUCUGUUCAUAUCAACCAGGCCACCAAUGGUGGAGGAGCAUUCAGUGACUACUCCUCUUCUGUGCCCUCCACACCUAGCAUCAGCCAGCGGGAGCUGCGGAUUGAGACCAUUGCUGCCUCCAAUACACCCACCCCCAUCCGCAAGCAGUCGAAGCGGCGCUCCAACAUAUUCACGUCUCGAAAGGGUGCGGACCCGGAGCGGGAGAAGAAGGUGCCGGAGUGUAAAGCGGACAGUAUCGGCAGCGGGCGGGCCAUUCCCAUGAAGCAGGGCAUACUCCUCAAACGCAGUGGCAAGUCUCUCAACAAGGAGUGGAAGAAGAAGUAUGUGACGCUGUGUGACAACGGAGUCCUCACCUACCACCCCAGCCUGCAUGAUUACAUGCAGAACGUCCAUGGGAAGGAAAUCGAUCUGCUGAGAACUACAGUGAAGGUACCAGGCAAGCGGCUACCCAGGGCAACAACGGCAGCAGCACCCAGCGCUAGCCCCAAAGCCAACGGGCUCUCAAAGGAGAGGAGCAGCACACAGCUGACAGGAGGCACAGGUGCUCCCCACUCGACCAGCAGUACCUCUCUGCACUCGGAGCGCUCCAUCAGCGGCAUCAACCUGGUGGGCUUCAGCUCAAAGCCAGACGGCAUGCACCAGCGCUCCUACUCUGUCUCCAGUGCGGACCAGUGGAACGAGGCUGUGACUAUCCCCGGCAGCUGCCCCAACCCCUCUAACGGUACUGCCGAUUCUCUCAGCUCCAGCCCGAACAUUUCCAGUGCUGCCAGCCCGAAGCUGGAGCCGCCUCCAUCACCACAUGCAAACAGGAAGAAGCAUCGCAGGAAAAAGAGCACAGGGACGACUCGGCCUGAUGGCCCCAGCACAGCAGCAGAAGAACCAGAUGAGCCAUUUGAGUUCAUUAUCGUGUCCCUGACGGGCCAGACGUGGCUCUUUGAGGCCUCAACGUCAGAGGAGCGAGAGCUUUGGGUCCAGGCUAUCGAGAGUCAGAUCCUGGCCAGCCUGCAGGGCUGUGAGAGCAGCAAAAAUAAGGCUCGGCUGGGCAGCCAGAGCGAUGCACAGGCCAUGCAGGCCGUCCGCACCGCACGUGGGAACAGCUUCUGUGUGGACUGCGAUGCACCAAAUCCGGACUGGGCAAGUCUGAACCUGGGCUCCCUCAUGUGCAUUGAGUGCUCUGGGAUCCAUCGCAACCUGGGCACCCACCUGUCCCGUGUGCGCUCCUUGGACCUGGAUGACUGGCCUAGCGAACUUCUCAUGGUCAUGACGGCCAUCGGCAACGCCCUAGCCAACGCUGUCUGGGAAGGAGCAGUGGAAGGCUACCCCAAGCCCACCCCUGAGAGCAGUCGGGAGGAGAAGGAGCGCUGGAUCCGGGCCAAGUAUGAGCAGAAGCUCUUCCUGGCUCCGCUGCCCCAAUCGGACAUCCCGCUGGGGCAGCAGCUGCUGCGGGCUGUGGUAGAGGAUGACCUGCGCCUCGUGGUGACACUCCUGGCUCAUGGCACCAAGGAGGAAGUGAAUGAGACCUACGGGGAUGGAGAUGGCCGCACAGCACUGCAUCUCUCCUGCGCCAUGGCCAACGUAGUGUUCACGCAGCUACUCAUCUGGUACGGGGUGGACGUGAAGAGCCGGGAUGCUCGGGGCCUGACCCCGCUGGCCUAUGCCCGGGGAGCCGGCAGCCAGGAGUGCAUUGACAUCCUCCUGCAGCACGGAUGCCCCAGCGACAGUGCCAUCACCACGCUGACCCCCAGCCUGCCCCGCCGCAACACCAAUGCCAACAACAACUCCUGCACCGUGGUGCCAGCUGAGCUCGGCUCCAGCCCCAGAGCUGUCUAGCUCCUCACGGGCCCUCCACUCACCGCACAGCCGCCCUCCAGACCUGCCAGGGGCCCAGGGCCACAGGAGCGUGUCUGGGAGCCGCCCAGCCGGGCCACCCUCUGUGCCUGCCCCCCACCGGGAUCCCUGUUCUGGCUGGGAGGAGGCCGGGGAGCCAGCCGCCUGCUCCUCUGUGCCGGUUCCUGUGGACUCUCCCCCAGCAGAUGGGGGCGGGGCUGUGCAGACCCAGCACUGUCAGCUUGCAGAGGGGCUCCCUCAUAGUCACUGGGAUGGGGGGCUCCAGUACACCCCAUUCUCAUCACCGGUACAGGGGGAGGAGAGGCAGUUCAGGUGUGUGGCCCUCCCCUACACAGGUGGUACUGGGGAGGGCGAUUGCUGCACCUGCUCUCCCAAACAGUAGGGCAGUUUGGGCACUUCCCUCCUGCCCUCCAACACAGGAGGUUGGCCUGGCUGUCCCUGGUGCAGUGGAGAGGUCAGGGACAGCAGGAGGUGCAUGUUUCUCCACUGCACCCCUGUGCUUCUCCGCUUCUGGGCAUUGCAGGGAGGCAUCCCGUCGCUAGUACUGCUCCCCACGUGCUGAUGCAAAGGGAGCUUCUCUCCCACACAGCCCCUGGAAAAAGGCCCCUCCAGCCUCCCUGGUGACCUAGAGGGGGAAGAGGAUGGUCACCCUGGGAUCCCCAGCUGCGUCUGUCUGUCUGUAGAAUCACUGUCCUUCCAGGUUCAAGCCCCAAAGCCAUACACAGUGUCUCCAUCAGAGCAUCCCUGCUGGCUCCCGCUGCUGCCCAGGCGGGGCUGGUCUCCGGCUGAGCAAGAGAAGAGAGGAGACGAGUAUCUCCCUUUGGUUUUGGGCCAAGCCUGCAGCUGAGUGCUGGAACCCCAAGGCUUUGGACACUGCUGUGGAACGCCUCUGUCACUUGUGUAUAAAAUGUACAUUGGAAAUAUUUAUAUGGACACUCUGUAUAUACUGUUUCUUUGCCAUGAGUUGCCCUGUGUGUGUUAUCUGCAGCCAAGGAGAUAAAGGCCAAUAAAACAAUCCACCUCCUACC